UAGGGGUGUUAAAUCAGUCCUGCAGCUCUGAAAGUGUCAGGCUGGCAACAGCAGCGUGUUACUCGGCAGACUUCAUUUCAUCCACUUUACUUUAUUUAUUUAUCUAUCUAUCUAUAUUAUUUUUACAGCUUUCCAUAUCCGUCUUUAAAAGCCCGUAAACCAUGACUGAACAGUCAGUGCUACUCUUGAGGAAACAGCUAGCAGAACUCAACAAGAACCCAGUGGAAGGGUUUUCUGCUGGGCUGAUAGAUGACGAUGACAUCUACAAAUGGGAGGUUGUCAUUAUUGGACCACAAGACACGCUGUUUGAAGGCGGAUUUUUCAAGGCUUACCUGACCUUUCCCUAUGACUACCCUUUGCGGCCGCCUAAGAUGAAGUUCAUCACUGAACUCUGGCAUCCGAACGUUGCUAAAAAUGGUGAUGUCUGCAUCUCAAUCCUACACGAGCCCGGCGAGGACAAGUUUGGGUAUGAGAAGCCAGAAGAGCGCUGGCUGCCCAUCCACACCGUGGAGACCAUCAUGAUCAGUGUGAUCUCCAUGCUGGCUGACCCCAACAGCGACUCGCCCGCCAACGUCGACGCAGGCAAAGAGUGGCGGGAGGACCCGAACGGUGAAUUCAAGAGGAAGGUGGCGAGGUGCGUACGGAAAAGUCAGGAAAUGGCCUUUGACUAGUCUUCAGCACUCGCCUCUAGAAUCUAGGGGGUUUGUAAGAAGGACUGAAUGAAAUACUUUGCUCUUCCACUGAGGCUGGGUUUUGUAUUUUACACCCUGUUUUUGAUCAUCAGGAACUUGCUCUAGCCACCUGAAAGGCUUCUGGUCCUGAAGAUACAUAAUACAAAAAUAAAUACAAAUUUGAAAAAGUUAAAUAACUUUAGUUUACUACCUGGAAUUGUACAUUUAUUUAUUUUGAAUAUUCUAACCAAUGUAAGAUAUGUCACUACUGUAAAUGACUUGCUUUUAUAAAUGCUGCAGAUUGUUUCUACUUCAUGCCAGGUUUCUUAUGCAAUUUUGAGAUUUCUUUUUGAGUUUUCUUUCCAGUGAGACAGAUUUUAAGGGACACCUAUAUUGUUCCACCCUAGUACAUGCUGUAUAAACCCUAGCAGUACUUAAGUCCUGAUCCAGUUCUAGUUUAGUUCUACUGCCAGUUUAAAACGCAUUCAAUUGCUUAUGCCUUCCACCCCUGUUGACAGUGAUAUGGCAGGUGUUUCUGUAUUUUAAAAUGUGGAAGUGUUGCUUUUGAAGAAUGUAUUCAGUCCAAUCUCUGAUAAUGUCAUAGAAAGGUUUUGUUAAUAUCAUUGAUAACAACAUGUAUAUUGUAUACCACUCUGGUAGUAUAUUAUAGUUAGGGCUUUCUGUGUUUUACGCUGACUUCUGUACUUCUUUUUAAAAACGUUCUGCCUGUAAAUGAAAAAUUAAGGCUGAGAUGAUUUUUAAAGGCCCGUUUAGUUUCACAGAAAAAAUUGCAAAUUAAAUCAAUUUUACUAUUGACACAUUUCUCAGUUGAAAUGCCUGCGUGGCUUAACAGGUAUCAAUUUAAUUUGUAAAGGAGAGUAUAAAAAGUCAGGGUAAAACACUGAAAAUCAGAAGCCCUAAUUAUAGUGUAAUGUCACAUAAUCCUCUAUUGACUUUGGCUUACAGUCCCAUUUGAUUGAAAAAAAUUGCUUUUUUUUUUUUUUAAACCUUUAGUUAAUGCCAGACUUUUGUAUAAAAGGUG